GUUGUUGUCUUUCCUUCACCCCCUCCUCAAAAUUGUACAUUUCCCACCAUCACAGUUACGUGUGUUGUAUUAACAAUUUUGUACAUUAACAAAUUACAAAUAACCAUUUUAAUACCGCAAUUGCAGUUUUUUUUUUAACCCGACAUCGACAUCCCCAUCAAUGUUGUUAUUACGUUGUCAUAUUGUUGAUAUUUGACGCAUUAUUCCCUUUUAUCAAUACGGCACUUAUCCGUACUACACUUGCACACGACACUCGCUGACCGUUUUUCAAUUACGACAACAAUCGUCGUUUUCCCCACACAUUCAGACACAUAGAUACAAUACAACUUAAGCUCUAUGUUACUAUGUUACUAUAGUACGAAAAAUGUGUACAGCUUGCAGACGUUGGACCGCCGCCGCCGCGUCGUUCCGUACGUUCAGUUGGAAAAAUGUGACACUAUAGUAGUAGAGACGUGACUAUACGUCUCCGAUUCACUAUUCGACAGCCGCCGUCACUGUCACCAUUGUUGGUGAGUAAAAAUUGGCGUUCAUGUUUUACUUGUCCCUUCGUCUUCGUUUGUAUCUCGUUACGACUCCAGAGUUUACUUUCUUACUACUCUAUGUAGCGUGUGCCUGUGUAAUUGUGUAAUGGGGAUUUACCCUGCGAGACGAAAACAAUCAUGAGAUGAAGUUUUGAAAGAAAUGUCAAACAAAUGAAAACAAAAAUAAAGUAUUGACUACUUAUAUUUACUAUACCUGUAUUUUAAUUUUUACAAUAAAUAGCAAUACAGUUUCGAUCUAAAAUAUGUUGUAUAGGUACAAAUUUUAAAUAUCUAAAUUUAUAUGCUGUUUUAAAUUUUAAUCAAUCAUUUUUUGUAAGCAAUAGGUAUUCUUUAUAAAUGAUAUUGCUUCAUAAUAAUCAUAUUAACUAAACUACCAUAUUAUUCUAAGUUUUUAACUUCAAAAUAUCAAGAAUAUAUUUUUAUUACUUAUUAUAUAAUGAUAUUUGUUGAAAACCAAUUUAAUUGAAUUACUUUAUCAACUAAUCUGUGCACUUUAUAGCUUUAUGUGUCAAAAUAACUAAUGUUUGUAAAUAACAUUUUUUAAUUAGGUCAUAAAGUAGGUAUCUACUGAGUUAACUAUUAUUAUUUGUGAUAACUCAUAAUUAAUUUUAAUAUACUUGAAGUAAAUUAACACUACAUUUUCUAUUCAACUAAGUUAAAGACAACUAAAAGUAAGUGGCUAAUGUAUUUGCCUAAAUUAAAUAAUAUAAGUUAUAUUGUAAUAUAUUAUGAUUUAACAUUGGUGCCUAUUGGUUUAUCAUUAAAAAUAUCUACUAGGUUUAAGUGUGUAUGUAAUUCUGCACUUAUAGAUAUUUAUGUUUAACAUUGUGCUGUUAAAUUAAUCUGUUAUGUAUAUUUACUGGAAUACCUAAGUAUCCAAUUUAGAAUAUAAUAAUUCUAGUGGUGAUCAAUUUAAUAUUUACUAUUUAGUAUUGUUUGUAUAUUAAACAUUUACCAUUUUUAGAACAGAUUUUUUUUUUAAAUUGUGUUCAAUUUUAUUUCCUACAAUUUUACUGGUUAAGAUUUGAAAAUGUAAUUCAAAAUAAAUACAUGUAUUAUACUAUAUUCCAACUAAUUUAAUAUAGUUAUAUUAAUAAUAUCUCAAAAAAAAACAACUUAAUUUUAAUUUUUAAAUAAUAAUCACUUAUUUACUAUGCUCAAUACAUUUAAACAUUUUUUAUAUACAAGCACUUAAAAUUUAUGAGUAAUUGAAUGAAAUUUUGUGUGGUAUCUAAAUAAUAAUUGCUAAUAACUUAGUGAUCAAUUUAUAGAGUUUUUUAGAAACACAAAAUUUUAUUUAAUAUAUUAACGAACAAAAUGUCAUCAUAAUGCAAUACUAAUUAAUAUACCUAUGCAAUGCAAAUCUUUAAUCAUACUAUCUAUAUAAUAAUUAAUUACUUUGCCAUUCUCAUACAUACCCUGAUAUUAUAAUUGCUCAAUUAAGAUAAUCCCUACUAAAACUUCAUUAUUCAUUUGUCAAAUCUAAUUUUGCAUAUACCUAUGCAAAAUUGUCUAAAAAUGAGUUGGUUCAACAAUUGAUUACUUGUAUAUUACUUAUUAGAUUAAUUAUUAUCAUAAUUUUUUGUUCGACAGGUGAUUUGAAUAAAAUUAUUCCAAUAUCAAUUAUGGACAAUGAUAUAUUAGAUGAACGAUCAAGGGAAUUUUUAGAAACUGCAGAUCAAUACAUUACUGAACAUGGACACCAACAUGUAUCUGAAGAAGAUAAUAAACAACUUGUUGGGGGCCAACAUAACUUGCCUGAAGAAUUUCGAAUUGGUUAAUUUACACACUAAUUUUUAAAAUAAAAUAGAUAUAAUAACAUUUAUAAUUUAUUUUAAGAUGAAAACGGAGAAUUGUCCCAUCAUAAUACUGGAUAUUAUGAUACGAGUGAUAUGUUAACGGGUGAUGGGUCUUCAACACUCACUGAAGAUGAUCAACGAUUAGCCAAUGAAUUAGCUGCUGAACUUGCCCAACAGAACAAAUCUCUUGUUGAUGAUGGCCACCACGAUACUCAUCUCAUGACCAGCUAUUUGUACAGUACUGACUUUGAUUUAAAUACAAAUAGUAAACAUUCAUCACAAUCUUCAAGUCAUAUCAAUAAUCAACAGGUUUUGUACAUUUAUUUGCUUUAACAAAUAUAUUUAUCCAUGUACAUACUAAAAUACCUACAGAAGGCGCGUUGCCAAAACAGUUUCAUUUCGCAGCCAAAACGGCUAUACGACUGAGUGGAUCGUCAACAGCCAUACACAUUAUCAAUUCUAGUUUGUGCCGCCAUAGAUGCUAGACUGUUUUAGCAACGUGUAAAAUGUACCUAUAAACUUAAAAUCUUACUGAAUUUAUAAUGGAAAUCAAAUAUUUAUAAUUUUAUUUUAAUGCAAUAUACAAUUUUUGGCAUUCAAAUUUAACUACUUAUUAAUAAUAAAAUAAAUUGCAAUCAUGGUCGAUUAACAAUGUGGGCAUAUCAACAGGGGUAGAAAAAAAUGAAUAAGUUAUAUAAAAUACAUAAUCCUCUUAUCUGUUUAACUUAAUUGGGUAUUAUAGUGUUAUAAAACAAAAAAAUGUAACAUUUUUUAAAAUAUAUUUAUUAAUAUAGGUAUUUUUAGUUUUUUCCAAACAAAAUUAAUGUAUUUAUCCAGCUAAUCAUGUAGUCUACUAUUGAAUAUUACAGUCAGUAUUAUAGAUAUUAGAAAGUGAAAUAUAGGUAGUGCAUAGAGUUAUUUUUUCAUGUUAUAAUUUUUAAGAAAAUAUCAAAAUUUUAAAACUAAACAAAAGUAACAUCAAAAUUUCAUAUAAAGGUUUUUUAAUACCUAAAAAAAAAAGUGUUUAUUACUAUUAGAAACUAGAAUUAUUUUAAAAUAACAAUACAUUUUUUUUUUAUUCCCCAAAUAUACUAAUAUUGUUUUGAAAACAUGUAAAUGAACAUUAUGUAAACAAAAAAAAACUGUUGUAGGUGGAAAACUAAGAAGGUAGGAUAUAGACAGGAAUUUAAUGUAUAUUUGUAAGCAACAAUUAACCAUUGCUAACGAAAAACGAUUCUGAGCAGAGUUUGGUUGAUAGUGUUGCUUUGUUAACAAUAUAUAUGAAUAUUUUGAUAAAAUAAUUACAUAUGCAUUAAACAUUUUUUCUAAUAAUAUUUGUUAAAUAUUGUAUUUACUUUCCUGGUUUUUAUCAUGCUUUUCUCAUUAAUCGGGAAAAUCAAAAAAAUGACCUCUAUAAAGUACCUCCUCAGUCAGAUUUCCCUUUACAAAAAUCAUUGAAAAUCAGAGAAAAAUUGCUGAUAAAAAAGUUGGCCACAAAAAAAAACCAUUGUAAAAUCAUAAGCUUCUUCACUCCACUUAAAAUCUAAAAUGAUUUAAGUAAGUUCUAGCAGCAGCCCUUGAUAUAAUCCUACUGAUCGGUAAGUCGAACUUUCUCUCUAUUUGGUACAAAAAAGUUGUUAUAAAUUAAUGGAGAUUUCUUUUUUCUUUUUCUUUUUUACCUUUAAAUUCAACUAUAAAUAAUGUUUUUUUUUUUUUUUUGUUUUUUAUAGCUUAUUAAUUCAGAGAGUUUAUUAGAAGUUGAAGCUUCAGAAUCUGAUUAUCAUGCAGAAAUACAAAAUAAUUUACCGCACAAAAAACGAUUUCGUAAACGAGAAUCUGUUCCAACUCCAAUGAGAAGUAUUCAUCCAAAGUGUUACAAAUGUAAACAAUGUGGUGAACAAUUUAAUUCUCAAUCCGCAUUUACUGUAAUUAUUAUUUUUAUGUUUAUGAUUUUAUAAAAUUAAUAUAUAUGUUUAAAUAAACCAUAUAAAUGUAUAGGUACAUAGAGCAAUUCAUACACCUAAAAAAGUUGGUAGUCGAAUGCCAUUUUUAUGUGAGAUUUGUGAUAAACAUUUUACACAUCAAAUAAAAUUUUUUGAACACUUAAAAUUUCACUACGAACCUCAGCAAAGCAAAGUGAUUGUGGUUACCACAGACUCUGGUACUUCUCCGCAUCAUGUUAACUAUCAAAAUCAUGGAACUCAAGAAACAGCAAAUAAUGAAAAUCACUAUAUUGAAGACCAACCAGAACUCCAUGAUCUUCCUCCACUUCAAAGUUAUAGAGUAUGAAAAUAUAAAACAAAAUAUGAAAUAAAAAUUAUAAUGUUUCUUUUGUAUUCCGUCUAGUUAUCUGAUGAAAGUAUGGAAGAUGAUAAACAUUGUAUAUUUUCAUCUGAUGGGUCUAUAUUGGCUGCAACACUUCAGCAACCAUUUCCUACUUGUCACUUAUGUGGUCGGAAUUUCCGUCGUUUAAAAGCUUUGGAAAUUCAUAUGGCUUCUGUACAUCCCCAACCAGCAACUGUUACUGUUAAACAAGACUGUCUAGAAGAAUUUUCUGACCCAGAAGAUUUAAUGGAAGGCAUUCGUCAUAUGGUACCUGGUGUUGCUGACACUGAAUCUGAAACUGAUGAAAAACAUCCAAUACAAGAGUAAGUAUGGUCUAAUUGUAAUUAAUAUUUAUUUAAUAUAGUCUUAAAUUAUUUGUAGUUGGGAGUACAGUGGUGAAAGCAAUACAAACCAUGAAGAUACUAUGAUUAAACCAAAACUAGAAGAAAAUAAUGACUUAUUAAAUGAAAACGAUAAUGUUGAUAAUAGUAGAGCUGAACACACGUGGGAAGAUGAUACAGAUGAAUUGGAACAAAUAAUGAAGAAAAAUAUAUCAAAAAAUCUUGUUUGUACCCAAUGUAAAAGAAAGUUUAAUCAUCGAAAUUCAUUACUAUAUCAUUUAAGAUCACACUCUGGUAAACGACCACAUAGUUGUAAAUUAUGUCCUAAGAGUUUCUUCUCAAGUAGUGCUCUUAAGGUGUUUUAUUCAAUUAUAUUUGUUCAUAUAAAAGUGUAGUUAAACAAUUUAUUGAAAGCUAUUUAUAAUUUUCAGGUACAUAAUAGGCUACAUACUGGUGAUAAGCCAUUUGAAUGUGAAUGGUGUGGAAGAAAUUUUCGACAAUGGGGUGAUCUGAAGUAUCAUAUUGCUUCAUUGCACUCUGAAUCUAAACAGUUUCAAUGUGAAUUUUGUGGUAAAGAUUUUGCACGGAAAUAUUCAUUAAUUGUUCAUCGACGAAUACAUACAGGGGAAAAAAAUUAUGUAUGUGAAUUUUGUAAAAAAACAUUUCGGGCUUCUUCUUACUUGCAAAAUCAUCGCCGCAUUCACACAGGUAUGACAAUGUUCAUAAGAUUAAUUUGAAAGAAUAAUAAUUGUUUUUUUUUUAGGUGAAAAACCUUAUAAAUGUGAAACUUGUGGUAAAGCAUUUAGAGUACGCUCAGACAUGCGUCGACAUACUGUUGUACAUAGGAAAGACGCCGUUAACUCUGUUCAAAUUAAUAGCUAUGCGGGUCAAGUAAGUGGUAUUGUCUCUUCUUCAGAUAUAAGUAUUCAUUUAACCAAAUUGGAAGUGGAUAAAGAUAAAAUAUCUACAGAAUCUGACGGAGAUGUAAAAUUCCAUGAAAAUUUUUCUCAUAACUCCAAUCAAUUGUUAACACCUGAUGGAGUUAGUGCACCUCUUAAUCUUAAUUUACGAGCUCAAGGUGAUGGUAACAAUGAUGAAUCUACACAUUUUGAACAAUUUAAUAGCCGUCAAGAAAUAAUUGAUCGAGAGACAAAUACUGUAUAUGUUUGGAUUCCUUCCAAUAGCGAACAACUUUUGCAAAGUGAAUGAAUGGAUACUCACCAACUUAUUAAAUUCAAGAAUUAAUAUCUAAGAUCUAAGAUCUUCAGAUUUAUUGUAUAUUGUUGAAUUUUUGUAAGUGUGACUUAAUGAAGUCAGAAAUUUACUCUGUGGAAAAUUGAACUAAACAGUUUAAAAAAUUGUGGCUGUUACUAGUCUGAUACAAAAUUAUUUUGAUAAAUUUAAAUUACACAAUUUGAAUUUAAUUACUUCCAUUCAAAUAUAAAUCAGAUAAAAAAAUGUUUACAAGGUAAAUGAUCCAAAUUGACCCAUUAGAUUAUUGUAUAUUGAUAAAAUGUUGGGUCUAUGAAAAUUAAUUAUGUGUAAUAUAAAUUAACACAAUUUGUUGAAUAUUUAUUAAAAAUUGAAUUAUAGUACUUAUAUUAUUAACAA